AUGGUCAACUGUACUGGUCAAGGUCCCCAAAGCAGUGGGUUUAUUCCACCCCCAGACGUGGCCCAUGAUCCACAUGCUCCGGCACCAUUGCCCUCUCGACCUUCCAUUCCUAUGCCUCAUCCAAUACAACCGGUUGCCCCUCCAGUCGUUUCAGUGCCCAUGAAAUCGCCAACUUCUAUUGGAAGGAGUCCUGCUGGGCCCCGCUAUCCCCCUCCUCCUACUGCACCCCCAUUACCUCCAGAGAUCUGGGUACCAGCUCCGCUAGAUCAGAACUACCUUGUCCAAGAGUACUUAGUUUUUGUGCCGCCCACCGGACGGAGCCCGCAAUCACCCGCCAUCUGGCUAGCUGAGAAGCCGCAUAUACUUUGUUCUUUGUUCCUUCUGUUUCUCGGUCUCCUUAUCAGGCAUCAAUGA